UUGAGGUGAUGCAUGUCCUUCUCGCUGACAAGAUAUGUCACUGUCGUUGGGGUUAGACAGGAUGGCUGACUCACUGCUGUAGGGUUUCACACCAUGCAGACAGAAAAGGGGGAGAAGAGAGGAGGUGGUGUCGGUAACUACCUCUGCAGUGGUCUGUGACGUUUCUGCUCUAUUGUUUGGAGAUCCCAUCCUGUUCUCUACUACUAAAUGAAGUGUGUACAGUCAACCACCGAGGGAACGGAGAGGAGAAAGGCUCCUGUUGCUGGAAAAGAGAGGAGAGAGGGGGAAUAGAGGAACCAGGAUUGCGAGGGGGUCUCUGUCUCUUUAAGCUGGCUGUUUGUUGCUGCAGAGUGUGUGGGUGCUGCAGUAGAGACAGAGAGAGAGAGAGAGGAUGAGGGAGCAUUGAUAACAGAGAGACGUUCGAGAGGAACAAGUAGCACAGCAGAGACUCAGGGCUCAUGUCACGCUGAAGUGUGACGAAGCUCGGCAGGUGCGGACCAGAGGAGGAAAGUGUGAGGCAAGUAGAGAGCUUUAGGGAGCGUGUGAGGAGUACAGGUGGAGGGGUGGCAGAGCGAGAGGAGAGGGGGCUGUUUAUUCGGAGCGUGGCACCGGUGGCAGAGUGGCUGCGCUGGGAUGGCAGAGGGGGGAACUGGGGGGGCUGGCGCUGGGGCAGUCCUCAGAGGGACAGAGGCAGCCAGGCGCCGGACAGAGGCAGCCAGGCGCCGGAGAAGACGACAAGCGAGGGUUACGUGCACAGGACGGUGCCGGCCGGAUGGUGCCACCAUGCUCCUCCAUCCAUGGCACAGAUAGCACCUCCUGUCCCGGGGCAGGCGGAUGCGAAGAGGGAGGAGGUAGGGGUGGGGUUCGGGUCAGGGGGAGUUGAAGGCGUCAGGGUGGGCAGGGCGUUUCUCGGCCAGGUGUCGCUGCAUCUGGAUGAGGUCAGGGGUGAUUCUGAAGGGGAGGCCGGAAGCGCCUGUUUCGGACAGGUGUCACGCCGGCUGGGGCGGCUGCUGAAGAGGCUGCCCAAGUCUCGCUCCUGGAGCGACAGCCUGCGGAUCCUCCGACGAUCGUCCUCUAACGGAUCUCUGCUCACCACCUCAGACUGUAGCUACACCUGUCACCUGGAGUGUGAGAGCCAGGUCCAGCUGGACUGCAACCGGAAGGACAGAGAGCCCAAAGAAACUCCAUCUCCCAGAAGACGCUGCUCCUCUGCAGCCCCUCUGCACAAGAGGGAAACAAAGGAGGAAGAUGAGAGAAGAACAAAGGACCUGUCAGAGGAAGAGGUGCGGACAAGGAUAAAAGAGUAUAACGCUGAAGUCUCUGAAAAUGGCAUGAAACUGGCUUCAGACGGAUCCUACACCGGCUUCAUUAAGGUCCACCUGAGGCUCAGUCGACCAGUCACGGUCCCCGCUGUGGAAGUGACGGAGUUAGAGGCAGCGUCCAGGCAGACGGGUGGCGGCCGCACUCAACCACCAUCAGAGCACCAGGAAGGAGGAACGGACUGUGGGCAGACUGAAAAGAGAACAUCCUUCUACCUGCCAUGUGACUGUGUGAAGCAGAUCCACAUCAGCUCUCUGACCUCCACCAAAGAGGUCAUCCAGGGCUUGCUGAAGAAGUUCAUGGUGUUGGACAAUCCCCGCAAGUUUGCAUUGUACAGGCAGACGCACCGCGAUGGGCAGGAUCUGUUUCAGAAGCUUAAUCUGUGUGAGCGUCCUCUUCUGCUGAGGUUGAUAGAGGGGCCUGAUCCUGACCUGCUCAGCUUUGUCCUCAAGGAAAAUGAGACUGGAGAGGUGGAGUGGCAUGCGUUCUCUGUCCCUGAGCUACAAAACUUCCUGGUAAUCCUGGCAAAAGAGGAGACGGAGCGCGUACGGGCAGUGUCGCAAAAAUACACCGUGUACCGACAGAAACUACAACAAGCCCUACAACAACAUGACCCCUGACCCCUUCACCUGUUACCUUACGACCUCAACCCAGGGAGAGACUGACCCUUUGAACCCAAGAUCUAUUCAGAGACUGGAGCCGGAGCUGAACUUGUCUCCACACACACACACACCCAAACACACAGUACAUCCACACACAGAUGCAUACCCUUUCUCAGGACGCAUACAAGUCCCCCCCCCACCAUCCACACAUCCACUCCACGAGGGGUUGAAAGCGACGUGAAAGGCUACGGGGUGUGUGGUUUGAUGGCUGAUUGGACAAGCAGUGUUGCCAAGGACACACACACAGCGACACAAGAUCUGAAACUCCGACGUGAGAUCUCAUUUGGGACUGAAAUAAAUCAUUAGCGUUUUCAAAGAUCCCCUCUUCUUCUGCUACUUUUGCUGCUGCUACUGCAAGUGUUACUUAUGCAUGAGUCUCUCUCAGCUCAUCCCCCCCGCACAUAGAAGUCAAACAGUAGGCAUGAUGGUGAAUUUUUGAUGGGAGGACAAUCAUACUGAGUGUGUUUUUAAUUUCUUUUUCUCUGAAUUGGUGUAUAAGGGUUGUCACCAGAUGUAUUAUUUUUGUGCUGGAAUAUAAGACGUGUGGAUUAGUGAGGGAUGUGUUUGGGGUCAGAAGCUUUGGAUGCUAGAACAAGAAGGAAUGGAAAGGUUAAGAAAGCGAGAUCCAUUCUCUGAUUUUUCUCAGGUAGCAUGGGUAGAGCAAAGGGAAAACGUAAAUGAAGAAAGAAACCGAUUCCCGCCCUGCAACACCCCAUUUCAGCCCACUUUGUCCACAGCCUUUUUUCUAAUUUGUUCCUAUCAUUUUAUUUUCCUACUUUAAAGGUGCUAUUGAUAACAUUGAUAACAUUCGGCAACUAGAUGUCGCACUCUCA